AUGCCUAGAUCAAUGGAUCCACUUGUUCUUGGACGUGUAAUAGGAGAUAUUUUAGAUCCUUUUACAAGUUCUGUGUCUCUGAGGAUUGUCUAUAACAACAACAACACGGAAGCCAUCAAUUGUGGUGAGCUCAAGCCCUCCCAAAUAGUCAACCAACCAAGAGUUGAAGUUGGUGGACAUGACUUCAGGACCUUUUACACUCUGAUCAUGGUCGAUCCUGAUGCACCUAGCCCAUGUGAUCCAAAUCAGAGGGAAUAUUUGCACUGGUUGGUAAGCAAUAUUCCAGCAACUACAGGGCCAAGCUUCGGACAAGAGAUUGUGAACUAUGAAAGUCCACGACCAAUAUCGGGGAUUCAUCGUAUUACUUUUGUGUUGUUUCAACAAUUGAGUAGACAAAUUGUAGAUGCUCCAAGAAGUCGCACAAAUUUCAAAACCAGAGAAUUUGCAGAGGCUAAUAAUCUUGGAUUACCAGUUGCUGCUGUGUAUUUCAAUUGUCAACGUGAAAGUGGUUGGGGUGGAAGAAGGAUGUAAUCUGAAGACCCCUUCUUUGAUAGCAUUAUAACUAUGCAAAU